UUUCCACGCGCUCUGGCAUCCCUGGUGUCAGCCAUCAUGUCGUCGUCGUCGUCGUCCAAAGUAGAGUGAUUUUUUCUCCAAAGCGAUUCUGCUCCGUCGAUCGUCGGUCGGAUUACGGGCCAAAAACGGGUUCAAUCGCACGGUUCCGGGCACCGUUGACCGUCUCGCGACUCGCUUCCGGUGCGUAGUGUAGUGAAAAGUGCGGAUUUCACCCUUCUUCCGCUCCGCGAAAGCGCAACGCCUGCUGCUGCUCCGUGAAAAGUCACGACACACACGGUGGGUGGCGAGAGGAGUCUGGGGCUGGGGAAAUUUUACCUGACCUUCUUGGCUCUGGUGCUGGUGCUUUGAAAUUCCAGGAAAGAUAAAGAAAUGAAGUUGCCUGCGUUUCCCGUUCGUUAUCAGUGGAAAAUGGUGUGAAAAGUGACGCGCGGUUUUUCGCGGAGUGAACGGAAACGGGGAAGCGGAGUUGGUCGGGGUUGGUCUGUGCGUUCCGAUAGAGUUGGCCUCGUCGUCCUCCCUCCCAGCAAAAGUCAUCACACACACACAACCCAGCCUACUGCUGCUGCUUGUGAGGGGUGGCUGAGAAGGUGCUGAAGGAAGGAAGUUAAAAAGCCAGAAGUUCAAAGAAGAAAACGACUACUGCGAUCAGUUUUACUGAAAAAUUAACGCGAAAUCAAGCAAGUUUCAAGUGAGAAUUGAAAAAUUCAAUCUGAAAGUGAGAAGUGCAAAGAUAACAAAAAAAUGAAAUAAAGGAAAAAAUCCAACCAGAAAACGCAACAGGAAUAAAUAGUACGAAAUAAUCAACAAAACACAACAUCACAAAACGAAGGAGAAUGCCGAAAUGUGAUUUAAAAACUAGAUUAAUUCCGGCGACCUUCGCCUGGACUCUGCUGCUCGGCACGACGUUCCUCUUUUUCUACUAUCCAUGUCGCCAGUUCUACGUGCAGCGGCACCCAUGGGUUCCGGCGUACCAGGCCGUCAUCACGUUCUUCGUCAUCGCCAACUUCACGAUGGCCACCUUCAUGGAUCCCGGCGUCAUACCGAAAGCCCCGCCCGACGAGGACCGCGAGGACGAGUUCCGGGCGCCGCUGUACAAGAACGCCGAAAUCAACGGCAUCACGGUGCGCAUGAAGUGGUGCGUCACGUGCAAGUUUUACCGGCCGCCCCGGUGCUCGCACUGUUCCGUCUGCAAUCACUGCAUUGAGACGUUUGACCACCACUGCCCGUGGGUGAACAACUGCAUCGGUCGGCGGAACUAUCGCUUCUUCUUCUUCUUCCUGAUCUCGCUGUCGAUCCACAUGUUGAGCAUCUUCUCGCUGUCGCUGAUCUACGUGCUCCAGAAGGAGAAGGACAAGCUGACCGAGGUGGAACCGAUCGUGGCCAUGAUCCUGAUGGCCAUCGUGACGCUGCUGGCGAUCCCGAUCUUCGGCCUGACCGGGUUCCACAUGGUGCUGGUGUCGCGGGGGCGCACCACCAACGAGCAGGUCACCGGCAAGUUCAAGGGUGGCUACAAUCCGUUCUCGCGGGGCUGCUGGAACAACUGCUGCUACACCCAGUGCGGUCCGCAGUAUCCCAGUCUGCUGAAGCCGCAAAAGUACGUUGCCCGGCGGUCCAACAAGGAGAACCAGUCGAUCAGUACGAUCACGAACGACGGGGGCCCGGGUGGUGGCGGCAGUGGCAACGGCUCCGGCCGCCAUCUCAACUCGCAGCAGCAAGCGCUGAACCCGGGAGGCUCCGGUGGCGGCGGCCAGGGCAUCUAUGAUAAUAGUCGCCACACGCAGGUAAAAACCUAUAUGGACCAUGGCAAUGGUCACGGUAUUCGUACGGUCGGAUCCAGCCACUACAGCAAGCUAUCGCCGGGUCGGGACGGGUCCGACAUUGACAUGGAACCGCAGGGCACCCAGAGCCGGGACUGCGAGCCGACGCCGCCGCUGCAGCGGCACGGUUCCAAGAGUAACUUCUUCCUGCCCCCGAUGGACGGCAACGGGGGCAUGAACAUGAACGGCGGCCAGGGAGGAGCUCAGGGUGGUCAAAACGGGGGCGGAGAUUCCCCGCGGCAGCACAUCCGGAUGUAUCACCCGCGGCACAGUCCCCAUCCGCGUCAACGCGGACUCGAUCCGUCGCGGAGUUUCACGCCGGAGGGACUAUCGCCGGAUCAGCAGCAACCUCCGCCGCCGAUGAUUACGAUCCAGCAGCAGAAUCAGCAGGGAAUGCCACGUGGAGGAAACAAUUCGUCGGCCACGCCUACUAUGCAGCAGAGAAUCAAAGCGCUUGGCGUCGCGACGCCACUGGCCAUGUCUAGUCCUGUGAGGAGGUCCAACCCCGGAACGCCCACCCAGCCCCGGCGGCCCGACUUUAUCGGCGUCAACAUGAUGAGCCCGCAGCAACAGCAGCAAAUCCAACAACAGCAGCAGCAACAAUUCCACCAAACCGGUCUUCCCCCAGUGCAUCCGUACCAUCAGCAACAGCAGCAGCAACAAUCGCAACAACUUCAGCAGCAAUAUCCGAUGGUCCACCAUAACGGUGGCCUGCCCGGCCAGCAGCAGCAGCAACCAGGCCAGGUUCGACCCCCCUCGAACGUGGUCGUGUCCGCCCAGCGCCGGUACCUCUCCGAGGGCGAACUGGCCCGGCAGGGCGCCGAGCUGUCGUACGCGCGCAGCAACCAAACCGUGGACAACAUCCGCGAGCUGGCCGGAAGUCCGCAGCGGGGCGUAUACAUGUGGAAGAACGACACCUCGCCCGGCUUCAGCAACGGCGUCGGCGUCGUCAAUCCGCAGUUGAGUCAGGCGCAGCAGCCCGGUCCCGGCGUCUUUGUGAGUAUGGCCCAGUCCGCCGCCGCCGGGGUGUACCAGAAUCAGUCGAGUCCGACGACGGCACCUCAGCAGAGCAGCAGCUACGGCGGAGUCAGUGCCGCCCGGUACCAGCUUCAGCAGGCGCAACAGUCCCAAACGGCGGCGGCCGCAGCAGGCUACCAUCCGGCGUUACGAGGGGGCGUUCCGGUGUUUCCGCCACAACCUCCCAUCGUAACGACGACGGCCCAGUCGAUCGGAGGCCCGCAGGCGCCCUCCCCCCAGAUCAAGCGGAAAGCCACCCCAACGCGGCCAAUGUCCUUUGUGAGGGCGCUCGAGAUGACCGAUUCGCUGGAGAUGAACCCGACGGGGCAGGCCGGAGGACAAGAUGGAAGUAGUCAGCAGGGAGGAGUCGGGGGACGAGCGACGACGCCGACGCCGCCGGAUCGGGCCAGCGUGUACGACAUGAACUACGAGAUUUCCGUAUAACAGCAGCGACAAAAGCAGCAGCAGGAGGACGGUGGUGGCAAGUCGUCGGGGUAGAUUCCCGUUGUUUUUUUUUUAAGUUUGUUUCAGGUUUUUCGUCCAGUUUUUGUUUUUAGAGAACGAGAGAGAGAGAGAGGUUUGUUCCUUACGACUGAAAGGAAGAGAGGAUGAUUAAGGUUAGGGGAAAUACGCAUGCAUCUUGACGAUUCUGUUUCUGUUACAGGAGAACUGAUUUUUUGUGUCUGGUUUUUGGUUUUUGUCCACAGUUAGGUAAAGCACGGGUUUUCUUUGGUCCAAAGAAAUCGAAAUCAAGUUCAAAGCUUGUUCGAAACGAAAAUUAAACGAUUCGUUCGAUUGAACGAUAUAGUUGAAUGAUAGGGUGCUUGCUGCUAGAAUAUAAACAACAUUUAGUAUAUUGAAAAAACUUUUAAGUUUCUUUUCGAAAAAUCAUAAACAUAAAUUUCAAUCAAAAUAAUUUCUGGUGGCAGUGUUUCCGGAGAACCCUGAAAGUCGUUCAAAUACCCGUUCAAGAAUAUGCAAUGAAGUCUGGGUGCCAUUUUAUAACAAAAUUUACGACACUUGAGCAUACAAAUUUCAACAAUUUAUACUUAAACAGCGAUGUCUGUGCCAGCCAUUUUGGUUAUUUUGGUCAUUUUGUGUUCUUUGGUCAUUUUGAACAUUUUGGUAACUUUGAUAAUGUUGAUCGUUUUCUUCAAUUUGAUAUUUUUUGGUAAUUUUGAUAAUUUUAUCAAAAUCACCAAAAUGAUCAAAAUUACCAAAAUAGUCCAAAUGACCAGAAUUGCCAAAAUUAUCAAAAUAUCAAAAUUAGCAAAAUUAUCAAAAUUACCAAAAUGGUCAAAAUGACCAGAAUUGCCAAAAUCACCAAAAUAUCAAAAUUACCAAAAUUACCAAAUUGAUCAAAAUUACCAAAAUGGUAAAAAUUACCAGAAUUGCCAAAAUUAUCAAAAUUACCAAAAUGAUCAAAAUUACCCAAAUGAUCAAAAUUACCAAAAUGUCAAAAAUGACCAUGUUGACCAAAAUGACCAGAACUACCCAAAAGAUCAAAAUUACCAAAAACGUCAAAAUGACCAGAAUUGCCAAAAUUAUCAAAAUUACCAAAAUCACCAAAAUGAUCAAAAUUACCAAAUUGAUCAAAAUUACUAAAAUGGUCAAAAUGACCAGAAUUGCCGAAAAUACCUAAAUUACCAAAAUGUUCAAAAUUCAUGAUCCAAAUUUCAGCCAUUUUGAUCAUAUUGGAAAUUUUGGAAAUUUAGGUCAUUUUGGUUUUCGAUAAUUUGGGUAAUUUUUGAUAUUUAGGUAAUUUUGAUCGAUUUGGUCUUUUUAGGUAAUUUGGUCAUUUCGGUGGUUUGGUCAUUUUGAUAAUUUGGGUCAUUUUGAUCAUUUUAGUUAUUUUGAUAUUUUGGUUGAUUUGGUAGUUUUGGUCAUUUUAAUAUUUUGGUAAAUAUGGUAUUUUCGGUCAUUUAGGUCAUUUUAGUUGUUUUGGGUAAUUUUGGAUAUUUCGGUCAGUUUGGUCAUUUUGGCCAUUUUGAUAUUUUUGUGAUUUUGGUAUUUUUGGGUAAUUUGGGCAUUUUGGAUAUUUUGGUCAUUCCGGUCAUUUUGAUAAUUUUGGUAAUUUUGUUCAUUUGGGUUACUUUGGUCAAUAUGGUCAUUUUGGUAAUUUUGAUCAUUUUGGUAAUUCUGGUCAUUUUGGUCAACUUGGUCAUUUUUGACUUAUUUUUGUAUUUUUGAGUAAUUUCAAAUCAAAAUGACCAAAGUACUCAAAAAUUGGAAUGACCAAAAUAUCCAAAAUGCCCAAAUUACUCAAAAAUACAAAAUUAAGUCAAAAAUUACCAAGUUGACCAAAAUGACCAGAAUUACCAAAAUGAUCAAAAUUACCAAAAUGUCCAAAAUGACCAUAUUGACCAAAAUUACCAAAUUGAUCAAAAUUACCAAAAUGGUCAAAAUUACCAGAAUUGCCAAAAUUAUCAAAAUUACCAAAAUGAUCAAAAUUACCGAAGUGAUCAAAAUUACAAAAAUGUCCAAAAUGAUCAUAUUGACCAAAAUUACCCAAAUGAUCAAAAUUACCAAAAUGUCAAAAAUGACCAUGUUGACCAAAAUGACCAGAAUCACCCAAAAGAUCAAAAUUACCAAAAUAGUCAAAAUGACCAGAAUUGCCAAAAUUACCAAAAUUAUCAAAAUUACCAAAAUGAUCAAAAUAACCGAAGUGAUCAAAAUUACAAAAAUGUCCAAAAUGAUCAUAUUGACCAAAAUUACCCAAAUGAUCAAAAUUACCAAAAUGUCAAAAAUGACCAUGUUGACCAAAAUGACCAGAAUUGCCAAAAUUAUCAAAAUAUCAAAAUUACCAAAAUUACCAAAUUGAUCAAAAUUACCAGAAUGGUCAAAAUGACCAGAAUUGCCAAAAUUACCUAAAUUACCAAAAUGUUCAAAAUUCAUGGUCCAAAUUUCAGCCAUUUUGAUCAUAUUGGAAAUUUUGGAAAUUUAGGUCAUUUUGGUUUUCGAUAAUUUGGGUAAUUUUUGAUAUUUAGGUAAUUUUGAUCGAUUUGGUCUUUUUAGGUAAUUUGGUCAUUUCGGUGGUUUGGUCAUUUUGAUAAUUUGGGUCAUUUUGAUCAUUUUAGUUAUUUUGAUAUUUUGGUUGAUUUGGUAGUUUUGGUCAUUUUAAUAUUUUGGUUGAUUUGGUAUUUUCGGUCAUUUAGGUCAUUUUAGUUGUAUUGGGUAAUUUUGAAUAUUUCGGUCAGUUUGGUCAUUUUGGCCAUUUUGAUAUUUUUGAGAUUUUGGUAUUUUUGGGUAAUUUGGGCAUUUUGGAUAUUUUGGUAAUUUUGAUCAUUUGGGUAAUUCUGGUCAUUUUGGUCAACUUGGUCAUUUUUGACUUAAUUUUGUAUUUUUGAGUAAUUUGGGCAUUUUGAAUAUUUUGGUCAUUCCGGUCAUUUUAAUAAUUUUUGAGUACUUUGGUCAUUUUGAUCAUUUUUGGUAAUUUUGUCAAUUUUGUAAUUUUGGUUAUUUUGAUAUUUUGGUUACUUUGGUAUUUUUUGUCAUUUAAGUAAUUUCAGUCAUUUUAGUAUGUUGGGUAAUUUGCAAUUUGUGUAAUUUGGGUUUUUGGUAAUUUUGGUCAAUUUGGUAAUUUUGAUCAUUUUGAUAUUUUGGUUCAUUUGGUAUUUUCGGUCAUUAGGUAAUUUUGGUCGAUUUGAUCAUUUUUGGUAUUUUGGGAAUUUUAAUUAUUUUGAGUAAUUUGGUCAUUAUGGCAUUUUAUUAUUUGAUCAAUUUUGACAGCUGCCCAUGAAAAAUUACCAAUUAAAAUAGACAAAAUCGGAAAAAACAGAUUUUGCUUAUCGAUUUGGUGUCUUCGGAUAAGUUGUAGAAGAAUAUUAAAAAAUAGUUGAAAACAAUAGAAACAAUCACAAAAAAAAUACGCAAAAUAAUUAUUUUUGAAGAAAAUUGUCUGGGUACUCGACUUUUUGGAAGUGUUGCCGUUUUUUUUGCUAUUUUUUUAUUAUUAUUUUUUAAAGCAUGAUAAAUAAUGCCGCUUUUUCUCAUUUUUUUUAUGAACGACGUUAUUUCAAUAAUAACUUUUUUUUAAUUGGCACUGCUGCCAAAUGUUUUUUUUUUUGUUAUUUGUACAACUUUGCAACUCCGACUAAAAAAAUUAAAAAAAUCUGAAUGCUUCAUUUUAAUACAGCCCAGACUCGAUUAUCCGAAAUUAGAUUAUCCGGUUUGUAUGGGACUUCGGAUAAUCGAAAAACGAAUUAAUUUUUUUCUUAUUUUUUUAUUUUCUUUUAACAUCAAUUUCGAGUUCUGCAACCCCAUUUCAAUUGUUGAAUGCCUAUUAAAUUAGAAAAUGUAUUUUUUCAAUAUUUCAUCACCGCCAUUUUUGCCGCCAUCUUGGAUUUAAAAUGUUUAAUCACUCUAGAGUAGUUUAGGGGUCAUACUUAAGCUCAGCAUUUAAAAGAAAGACCACAACAAAAAAUUCUUGGUCAAUUUGGAAAACUUUCAAAAUAUGUUAUUUUUUUAUAUUUUGUUAGCUUUAUCUAUUGACGCUCUCUAAAAGAGAAAAAUGCAUCAAAAAGCUUCUGAGAGAAAAAGCUCUCUCAUGCAAGAAUUAUCAGUUUCGGGAUGAUGCUGUCGCAAAUAUUUGUUUAAAACGACCCAAAAUCAGGGGGCAAAACAAUAUUUUUUCACAAAAAACCUACAAAUUACAACGAAAUUUUAAUUGUAGCCAGCUGAAAACAAUUUAAAAUGCAUGACCCCCAAUGCAUUCUAGCUUGUAUUUUUUCAAAUCUUUAAUUUUUCUUUAAUCACUUCAGCAAGCACUCUACCAGUUGAGAAAUAUCGCAAGAAAUAAAAGCCAAAAUCCCUAUAAUCAAACUGCAGAGUGCAAACAAUAAAGAUUUCUUUAAAUGAAAAAAGCAAACGCAAUAUUUAAAGUCUAUAACGCAGAGUACCGACUGAGAGGUGGGAAAUGCCUAUUAUCCUGCUCACAUUGAUUCCGCCCGCUGAUUUAGCAUCCGUUUUUUGUACAUUUUCUUGAUUUACAAGUUGUUUUGGGUUUUCGCUAUUAUUUAUUGAUUAGGAUGAUUUCUUUUUCUGUUUUAUUCGACUAUUUGAUCUAAAGAGAAAAACAGGAAAUCUAGUGGCAUUUGUGAGUGAAUAGUUGAGCGAGAGAGAAAAAGUAAACGUUUGAGCUGCUAUAAAAAAAGAUUAAGAGAAAGUUGGCAAAUUUAAGCCAAGCAAAAAAAACACGAAGAAGAAAUAUAUUUAACUCCUCUGUAAAUAAAUCCUUAUAAGCCCCCUCACAAAAACACACAAACAGACACACACACUUAAACAAAGAGUGUAAAACAAAACACAUUUGUAUAGAGAGAGAAAGGAAAACACAAAUAAUCCCCCUCCCAUCAUCACAUGAAAACAACAUCAUUUCUAGUAAUGUUUAGCAAAGUGGACAACAUAAGAACUGCUAGGUUAUGUUUUUAUAAAUAUGAAGUUGUGUGCGUGCCACAGAACAAUAGCAAGAAAACUAAAUUUAACUGAAUGAUGUGUUUUUCUUUUGUGUUUGAUCUAGAAAAUGAAGGUAAAAUUCACUGCCCAUUGUUAGAGGAGAAAAAGAAAGAGUCCCACGAAAUAUUUAUAGCUGAGAGUAGAGAAGAGCACCAACACUGGCAACACUGUUGGUGCGGGCACGAGAACGAGUUGGUCACAUCACAAAUACAAACACACACACACACAUACAGUCACAGUCUCGCAGAGAGGUUUUUUCGCUAGUGGGAGAGGAUAAAUCAAUUUUUGUACAAUGUAUAUUUGUUAGGUUAUUUGCUAGUUCCAUCGACAAAACCAAUGAAUGUGUGGGGUUAACGUACGUGUAGAAUUCUAGAAAUUUUCCAGCAUUUUUUUAUUUCGUAAGAAAUAAACAAGAAAAAAAUAAUCGAAAAGUGGGGGGGAAAAUGCGGUGAAUAAUAGUUUAAUGUUGUUGAGAAAAAAAAAACAAGAACACAGAAAUUCACCACACUCACUUCCCCGCGCACGGAAUAAAUCACAUUCUUAUCGGUUCUUCACAAAAAAAGAAAGAAAACAACUCAAAACACCUUAACCCGUACUGAACUUAAAUUAAGUAGAAAGAUAACAAAAAAGAAAAACAAGAAAAAUCGUUGAAACUAAUCAAACAAUCAGUUUUGCUCGCGCCACAUUCACAUUUCAAAAAAAAAAAACUCACUCAAACUCACUGAAGAAGAAAACAAACGGAACGCGCUUUGUAAAAUAGUAUAGCAAGGAUCCAGAUCCAGGCGAUCCCAGAAUCCCAGACUCUUCCCCCUCGAAUCACACACCCACACAAACACACACAUGAAUUCACACGAAAAAGAGUGCACUAAUGUGGAGGCGCACCUUAACAAAAAAAAAGAAUAA